AUGCAGCCAAUCCAAGAUUUAUCUUCGGCAAAAAAGGUCACGGGAUCCCGUUCAUCAGGGCAGGAUCGCAAAGUCGCGCAAGAUCGCCCCGAAUCUCUGCUCACCACGCCAGUUCGUCCCCUGAACCAGGACCACGAACACUUAGUUCGUCACGCCGAGGAGAACAAUCAUAUAACCGCGCACUUGGAUGAAUUGGAGGCAGUGCUCACGCGGUACAAGGCCCCCCAUACCAGUCAGCAGAUACUUGCGCAGUUGCCCGGGUCUAUCCAAAGUCUCUACAACGUCAUCAAGGGAACGGCAGGAAACAAGCUCGGUGGAGUGGUCAGGUCCGUCAGUCAAGCUUGGCAAAUCACCCCCGAAGCCCUUCUCAGAUCAUUCAACUUCAUAACGAGUUGCAUAUCCCGUCUUGCAGACGGCAUGAGGCUAAAGGAGAUCAGGCAAUGGCCCAGAGCGAGUCUCUCGAACGAGCGAACUGUGACUUCUGAUAUUGAGGAACACAGUCGGGAGGCUGAGAACAAGAGGUCGGGGACUUUUCUUUCCUGCCUUGAACACAGCGAGCUGGAAGACAUUGACCUGGCCGAGGCUAUGCUUGAGUGCGAUAUAGUGAUCGACUCUAGCAAUGACCUUGGUGUCAUCUUACCGGGCUCGGACACACAGGACAUCCGACAGAGCAGCUCCAUCGAAGGCGCAUCUUCGGUCUCCAGCCAUCACCCACAUCCGAUGUCCACCGGUUCACUUACACCCAACUCUGCUCCGCCCGAACACCUGACCUUGGUCUCUGAAGAGUCAUUUCUCAUCAUUCCCCUCAGGCCUUGCGUAUCUACUAUGGCUAUGGCUGAGACGUCAACCCUAAAGCCGGUUGAAGAUGCACAUGUCGAUCAGCACAGCACGCCAGAAGGACAACACCAAUCCGCAGGUGACCAAGGCCUAACCAAGAAUUCCUGCCACUUUGACUGGUCACGGCUACCGCCUGGGGUCUCGGAAAGGCUACGGCCUGGUGUACGACUCAAUUGCGACGCUAUGAACACAUUGUUCGACUUGAUCAGCGGGGCCACUCCCCCAGGCGCGGUGUCUAUCCUUCACACGCAAAUCGUUCAAGGUUCGUCGCCUCCGCUCGCCGCACGUUUCGAAGCCAUGACAGAGAGCCAUACGAUACUACUUCCACUUCAUCUGCCUAAGGCAGAGCACUGGGUUCUGUUGGUACGCCGACAUUCUGGGCCUUUUGAAAUUUGGGACUCGUUGUUGAGCCAAUCCUCUUCCUGGAAGAAGGACGCCGAGAGUGCAGCGAUGAGCGCACUGUCAAAGGUUUCCCCACGUUGGCUGCCGAAUGUGCUGGCCAACUUUGAUUGGAAGCACGGCAUCCAGCAAGAGAACGACACCGACUGCGGCGUGGCGGUACUUGUCAACGCGAUGUACAUUUUGACGGAACGUUUGUCUUCGGGCCCUGUUGACAUGUCUCUCUGGAGGCGCGUCCUUGAGACUCUCCUAACGCCGCCACGCACCGCGAUGACCGCUUGGAAGCUACAUCCUGGCUAUGACGAGAUCAAGUUGGUUGAAGAUGAGCCAAUCACCCUCCGCAAGGGAGCAAUGAUUACGGGUCAAAACCUGUCAGCCACCCAAGAGAUGAGGCGGGAGUGGAAGCGGAAGAUUAUGGAGAGCAUAACAUCACAGGUGUCGGCUGGUACUAAGAGGCUGAUAGCCUAUAUUGUUAGAGUUGAAGGCAUACGCAACACGUUUAAUACGCUCCGGACAGCAUACCCUGUUGUUGUAUCGUCGGCGGAGCUUCAGGCAUGCGUUGCGAAGGCUGAUUCCAGACGAGCCGCCUUACACCAAAUGCGUGCAAUCGUCGACCUGCUCAAGACGAGGUGGACUUAG